UCUUCACUCUUCAAUGGCUACUACUACUCUACUCAUGAACUUCCAUUACACUUUUCUUUCAUUCUUCUUCCUCUUCACCCUUCUUGAAUCUUCCCCAAACCCAGAUGUUGCACCAUUACUAGCUUUCAAAUCAGCUUCAGAUGAAACAAACUCACUCUAUAACUGGAACUCAUCAACUAGCCCCUGUUCUUGGACUGGUGUAUCUUGUCUUAACAAUAGAGUUUCUAGACUUGUUCUUGAAGGUCUUAAUCUAAAAGGGUCUUUCCAAAAUCUUGUAUUUCUCAAAGAGUUAAGAGUAUUGAGCUUGAAAUAUAACAAUUUUUCCGGUUCUGUUCCGAAUCUUUCGAACCUUACUGCUUUGAAGCUGCUGUUUCUUUCCCAUAAUGAGCUUUCUGGGGAGUUUUCUGAGUCGUUAACCUCGCUUUUUAAGCUUUAUAGACUUGAUCUGUCGUAUAAUAAGUUUUCCGGUGAGAUUCCGGUGAAGGUGAAUCGUUUGACCCAUUUGCUUACUCUUCGUCUUGAAGGAAAUGGGUUUUCCGGUGAGAUUUCUGGGGUUAAUCUACCUAAUCUUCAAGAGUUUAACGUUUCUGGUAACAAACUCGUUGGAGAAAUACCCAUUUCGCUAUCUCAUUUCCCGGAAUCUGCAUUUUCGAAGAACCGGGUUCUUUGUGGUUCUCCGUUGCCAAACUGUACGGCGGCGGUUCCUCGUGAACCGUCGUCGUCGGCAGGAGCUUUAGCUUCUCCGGUGAGUCCUAAAACUACCAUUGCAUCUUCUCCGAGCUCAUUGCCGGUGACCUCUGCAACUUUGAGUCCAAAAAAUACCCAUCAUAGUAGUGGUAAAAUGAGCUCAUUAGCAAUAAUCGCCAUUAUACUAGGUGAUGUGUUGGUUCUAUGUGUUGUGUGUAUUUUUCUCUACUGUUUCUUCUGCAUUAGGAAAGUUUCUUCUCAGAAGAAUGGGUCACACAUUCUUGAAGGUGAGAAGAUUGUGUACUCGUCUAGCCCGUAUCCUAAUACGGGCCAGACGAGUGGGUUCGAGAGAGGGAAGAUGGUGUUUUUCGAAGGGGCGAAAAGGUUUGAGCUUGAGGAUUUGUUGAGAGCUUCAGCUGAGAUGUUGGGAAAAGGGGGAUUUGGGACUGCUUAUAAGGCUGUGUUGGAUGAUGGAAAUGUUGUUGCUGUGAAAAGAUUGAAAGAAUUGAAUGUUUGUGGAAAAAGAGAAUUUGAGCAACAAAUGGAAGUUUUAGGAAGACUUAGACACCCAAAUUUGGUUAGUUUGAAAGCAUAUUACUUUGCUAGAGAUGAGAAGUUGUUGGUGUAUGAGUUCAUGACUAAUGGCAACUUGUUUUGGCUUCUUCAUGGUAACAGAGGGCCUGGAAGAACUCCUUUAGACUGGACAACAAGGUUAAAGAUUGCAGCCGGAGCGGCUCGAGGGCUAGCCUUCAUCCACAACUCAUGCAAGUCCUUGAAACUCACUCAUGGCAACAUCAAAUCAACUAACAUCCUCAUCGACAAGAGCGGCAAUGCACGUGUCUCCGACUUUGGUCUAGCCAUCUUCGCCACACCAUCUUCCGUCCCAAAAACCAACGGCUACCGAGCCCCUGAAGUCGCAUUGGAUGGUCGUAAAAUAACUCAAAAGUCCGACAUCUACUCAUUCGGGGUCCUAUUACUCGAGCUGCUAACCGGUAAAUGCCCCUCAGUCGUGGACAACGGUAGUGGCCUCACAACCGGCUACGGAGGGGUUGUUGACUUACCAAGAUGGGUGCAAUCCGUGGUGAGGGAAGAAUGGACUGCGGAAGUGUUCGAUUUGGAGUUGAUGAGGUAUAAGGACAUUGAGGAGGAAAUGGUGGGGCUAUUGCAGAUAGCUAUGGCAUGUACUUCAACAUCACCAGAUCAAAGGCCUAAAAUAAAUUAUGUUGUGAAAAUGAUUGAAGAGUUGAGAGGUGUUGAAGUUUCACCUUCUCAUGACACUGCUACUGAUUCUGUUUCUGACUCUCCUGCUGUUUCUGAAGAUAAUACAUGUGGUGCAGCUAGUCAGUAGUGAGUUUUUUUUCCUACUAGUUUGUUAUUCUGAGUUAUGUAAAUUAACCUCUUAGUUUUAAUCCUUUUAUCUAUAAGAUAUAAUUUAGGAG